GGAAUUGGACCGGGCUCUGUCUUGUCGUCGGGAUAAAGCAAAAGAAAGAAAGAGAAAGUGGAGCUCCCUUGAGGGUUUUAGGCCGCCGUCGAUUGUUUAUAACCUCACCGGUAGGGUUUUAACAAUCUCUCUUCUCCUUCUUCUUCAUCUGUUCAUACCCAUCUUUCUCCGAGACUCCACAAAACUUAGAACGUCGAAGAUGAAAAGGAAUCAUACCAGUCCGCAGCAGAAACCCAAUCCGUCGAAGAAGACGAAGAAGAACCCUCAAACCCAAUGUGUUGAUGUCGUAAAAGCCAAACCUUGUGAUCAACAAAAGGAAACAGUUUCCGAAGAGGGUCCAUGGAAGAACCUUGAGCUUAUACUGUCGUUGCAGAGCAGUGAAUUGAACAACAAAGAGAAGAUGGAGUUAGCUUUCAGUUUUGUGGAAUCGUAUGCAGGAGAGAAGGGGGGUGACGAGGAUGAAGAUUAUCAAGCGGUUACGAUCUCGCGUCUGGUUAUGUAUCUCAGCGACUGGAUCCAGUCACUGUUUUUUACUAAAGAACAGAAUUUUCAACUCAAGGCUGAGAUAUGUUUGGAUUUCAGAUGCUGGAACGUCCUCAAGUUCUGCUUGAAGCAGUCUUCAAUCUCGCACGUCUCUAUCAAUGUGUCGAGAUACCUUUUGAAGGCUAUAGGGUUUAUCGCGGGAGAUCUUCUAUCUGCACUUAACAAGGCCUUGUCUUCGGGGAUUAGUUUUGGUGAUGGUCAAGGUUUUGAAGCUUUCAGUUCUGUGGUUGACUGCGUAGAGUUGUUGUUUUCGUCGAAAAGUGGGCUUUUCAAUGAUAAUUUCGACUUGUGGUUUUCAGCUGUUGAGCCUGUUCUCAAGCUCACGCAUAGAGUGCUCGUAGAGAAUGUCAAAGAUGGCGUUGCUAAUGCAUUUGUCCUUAAAUUCUCAUGCUUGGUUCUUGAGCCGUUCUCUACGUUUAUGGUUCAACCGACAAAGAAGAAUGGGUUUCAAGAUUUCGUGGACAAGCUUGCUGAGCCCUUACUGAGUGUGUUGGGUUUAUUGUUACCCAGCGAGGGAAAAGGUCAUGGUUUAGAAACGACCUUGUUGAAGUUGAUUCAAGAUAUACUAUCUCUGGGUCUGUUUCAUUCAUCUCACAUUGAUGGGUUUUUAGGCCUAGGCGGAGCUGAAAGGUAUUUGCCAGAAUCGAAAGUGAACAAAACCGUUUUGAAAAGCUACCAUCGGCAUUUUUUCACCAAGUUUGAGAACAUGUUGCUGAUGAAGAAGGAGCUGGAGCUGAGCUGUAUGGGAUCGUUGUUUCGUUUGUUUAUAAACAGAGUAAUGAAACAGCAAAGGGACUCGAAUCAGCUGCAGGCUACAAAGGCCUCGCCUGCUGGCCAAGCAGGAGUAAAGCUAGGGAAGCAGCUAGGCACUGCUAUAAAUGAUAACGAGUCUUCUGCAAAGAGUCAUAGCUCAAGUUUCCUCCGCUGGGAGUCACGGAAAUCACUUUUUGAUUUCUUCCUGCAUCUUAUGGAACCUAUAUUGCUGAAGAUCGAUGGACAUGUUGAAGCUUCCUCUGAAAAUACAUCUCUAUUAGCUGAUUUCUGUUGUUUGAUUAAGUCCGCAAAUAGUUUGCUCUUCCACUUUGCUCGUGAGAGAAUAUACGUCAAGACAGAGGAUGCAUCUGAAGGAGCUUGCUUUUGUUUCUUGAAGAAAAUCUUCACAACAGUAGUUUCAGUUGCUUCUCAGUUGCAACACACAUCUUCUGAAGGUUCGAAGAUGCAUGUUUUGUUAGCCAAGGAGCUGAUAACUGCGAUAGGCUACUUGUUGCAAAUUGAAUACGAAGUUAUUGAGAAUGAUUUAGUUACUCUGUGGCUAAUCAUUCUCUCUUUCACGAGGCUUAGUAGUCUUUCAUCAGAGAAUGCAGAAGAUGAUUACCCGUUGACUUCAUUGUUACUUGGUCUCGGAUGCCAGUUGAUAGAUUUAUACAGUGAUCUCCGCCAGGUAAGUGUUGCUGUAUUUGCUAUGUGCAAAGCUGUAAGGCUUGUGAUACCUGCUGAUGGUGAUAACGGGGAGAUAGAGCCCCCACGGACUACUGUUUCCCUUGUAGAAAGAAGCGCACAAUCAGUGGAAAAGCUCUUGUCAUGUCAAGAUCUAAGGCUUGCUAUACAUAGAGCAAUUAAAGCUAUACCAGAAGGCCAAGCAUCUGAUUUUAUCAAGAGCUUGACUACAGAUGUAUCAGAAACCAUAGAUUGGAUAAGAGUUAGUUGCUCAGCAAGUGCUAGAGAACAAGAUGGACAGGUAGCAGCAUUCUUGGCCGGAGCUUUGUCUUCUAUCUAUUCACUUAUUCUCGACUCUCUAACUAUUAAAACCGGGAAUAGCAUCAAUGUUGGCGAGUCCUUGAAUUCUCUGGUGCUUCUCAUCCGUCCUUGCUUAACUCACCUUGUUUCUUCCGACUCAGAUUGCAUUGAAAAUUUCCUUUCUGCUGUCACCGGAAAGGGUUUGGACAUUAUAACCGCUGAAAAGAAUAGAGAGACCUACAGGAAGUCUGUGCGCUUUUUUAUUAUCUUCUUCUUGAGAAUUUACAUGUCUUCCCGAAGCUUAAGUAGGCAAGUGAUUAGUCUUUUGCCUCCGAAAAAGUCAAAAGAGAUGGCUGGUACCAUGGGAGACUCUGCCACAGCUCGUCGCGGAAGUGAUUGGGUAAAAAAGAAAAGUUGGAAUGAUGAAGGCUAUUUUUCAUGGAUCUGCCAACCUUCAGCUUCUAUUGUUGACAUUAUUAAACAAAUUAAAGCUAUUUGCCUCAAGGAUGACAGUGCAGAUUGCUCCUUGUUGGUAUAUAUAUUAUAUGGAGUCGCUCUUCAGAGACUUGUUGAUUUAAACAGGGACAUAAAAUCACUUGACUAUGUGUCACAGAUAAGUGAUCAUCAGAUGCAUGAUACAGUGCUCGAGCAUGUAUCAGUACUUAAGUGUGAAGGAGAAGAGCUUACUGAGUUUAUUUUGGGUAACACCAUCGUACCAGGAUUUUCUGAAGGUGGAACUUUUGAAACGAUGGAUAACACUGAUCAGUGGGUUCUCAGGGCUUCCGGCAUCGACGGGAAGUGUUUGCCUGCUGUGCGUUUGUGGGUUCUUAGCCAGAAUAUUGAUAUUUGGUGCCCCCAUGCUGGAAAAAAGAAUAUGAAGAACUUCCUGUCUCAGCUAAUAGGAAGUUCCGUUCAUGGAGACAAAGGCACUCAAAAUAAGCAAACAGGGUUGGAGCAGUCUCCGUUAGGGCUUCUUUGUGAUUCAGCGUUGUAUGAGCAUGAAUUUGUUCGCAGGUCUUUGGCGCCUAGUCUUUCCCACAUACUCAAAACGACAGCGGACGCAUUUUUCAAGGACCUUACCGAAGAAGUAGAUUCACCACCAGAUUGGUCAGAGGUGUUAAUCUUGCUUGAAAGUUCAGUUGCCAAGCUUCAAUCGGAUGCCUUUUCCGAGGGGCAUGUGUCACAGCUGGACAUUGGAAAGUGUACAGCAUGUCAAAGUCUACUAAAUAUUUUAUGUGGGAUGCCCAAGGAGUAUAUGAAUAAGAAGUUACUCCAACUUUAUGCAAGUUUUCUUCUCGACUUUGAGAGGUGUAUAGUUUUUAGCAUGCUGAGAUGUUUGGACAAGCUGUCUCCGGGUGAUAUGCAAAACCUUUUCAGCCUGUUCAUCACUUGCAGAAAAACUUUGAAAAGUGUUGCUAUGGUUUCUUGCGACAAGGUGUUAAGAUCUACCGAGUUGCCUCUAUCUGAUAUUUCGUUGUUGACUUCUUGGCUUUUCAAGUCAGUACAAGCUGUGGUUACUUGUCAAGAGAGAGUUGGGAGUGAUUUUACAAGAAAAUCGAGAGACGCCGUCUUUGCUUUGAUGGAUCACACGUCAUAUAUGUUUCUAACCGUAAGUAGAGAUCAGUUCAGCAAGGCGCUGCCACUGUUUGAUGGACAACUCAGUUCAACCGAGGGAAGUGAACAAGCAAACCUUGCAUUUGAGAACGUGGCAGAACAGGCAGAAACUCUACUAACUGCUUUAAGGGCUACCUUCAGAGAUGAGAAUACAGUCUCUGAAUGUAAGACUCUGAUAUUGAACAAGUUAGUACCCAUAGUUUCUUCUCUCAGUGGGUUGUUGUGGGGACUAGCAUCUACAGUGAGUCACAGAGAUAUGCAGAAGAGUCAUAAGAACGCCAAAUUGAGAUGGAAUUCAGAAGAAUUCUCGAAGCUUUCCGGCGUUAUCCAUGUUCUUAGCAGUUUUAUUGAAGUUUUUGCACAGUAUCUGUUUCUUAGUUCCGAUGUGCAGCGAGAAGUUCGAACCAGUCUCGACUGGACUAGAUUGCUUGAUGGGACCGAGGGUUCAAAUGGUCUUGUGUGUGGUGAAAUAGUGGAGACUAGCAGCGAUGUGAAAAAACAAAUUAUUGAGAGCUUAAUAGAGGGGAACUCUACGGAAGUAGUAUUGGCACUCAGGCAUCUGUUAAUUGCUUCUGCUGCUAUAUUAAAUCUGAAUCUGCAGAUCAAAGGCAUUACAUUCUCACCUACAUUUGUCCCUGUCCUCACAGGCAUCUCAUUUGAUCUACUGUCUGUGUUAGCAGGCACGAGCGAGUUACCUCUCGAAUUCUCAUUCAUAUGGUUGGAUGGUGCAGCGAAAUAUCUAGAAGAAUUAGGGAGCCACUUGUGCUUGUAUAAACGUAUGGUAAACAGAGAUCAUCUGUACUCAAAGUCGAUUGAGUUGCACCUGAAGGUGAUUGGGAAAUGCAUAUCGCUACAAGGGAAAGAGGCCACCUUGGAAUCUCACGAGACGGGAUUUGGUACUAACGUAAUCCAUGCUAAGAAAGUGCAGUCAGAAAGAAGCGUGUCUCAGAGAUUACAUUGGUUGGAGGAACUAAAAGUAAGGUUUAGAAUGUCAUUUAAAGUGUUAAUACACAACUCCGAAGAGUCACAUUUAAAGUCAGGACUAGAAACUAUAGAAAGAGCACUGGUUGGAGUAUGUGAAGCGUGCCCAGCUAUAUAUAGCAUACAGACUGGAGAUAGAGAUGGGGGUAGAAUCUCUGAAACCGCUGCGGCUGGUAUCGACUGUCUGGACCUAGUUCUGGAGCAUGCCACAGGUCGCAAUCGUUUGAAUGAGGUUAAAGACCGCAUUAAGGGUUUAAUGUCGGCAGUGUUCGGUAUCAUGGCUCACAUGCAGAGUCCAAUUAUCUUCUGCACAGAUGCAGUUGUUGGUCCCAAAUCUCCAGAUACUGGAUCAGUCAUUCUCAUGUGUGUCGAAGUCUUGAUAAGAAUAGCAGGGAAACACGCAUUGUUUGAGAUGAAUCCAUCUCACAUAAGCCAAUCCAUACAUAUGCCAGGAGCAAUUUUUCGUGAUUUUGGAACUUUGUUACAUAAGGAUGAUCAGCAACAAGAUCUUCAAGUCGACCAGAAAUUCUCAGUGAGCAUGUAUGCUGCUUGCUGCCGACUAAUAUAUACAUCUGUUAAGCAUCAUCCGAAAAAAACUGAGCGCUCCAUUGCUACACUACUAGAAUCUGUUUCUGCGCUUCUUCAUUGUCUGGAGACAGCAGGAAACAAAGUUGGUAAGUUUGCAACAUUUGAAGUGGAAGAGGGAAUCACAUGUGCUUGUUUUCUUCGGAGGAUCUACGAAGAGCUAAGACAGCAGAAGGAAGUCUUUGGACAUCAUUGUUUCAAGUUCUUGUCAAGUUACAUAUGGGUUUCUUGUGGAUAUGGUCCUCUUAAAACGGGUAUCAAAAGGGAGGUAGAUGAAGCUUUAAGGCCUGGUGUGUAUGCUCUCGUAGACUCUUGCUCUGAUCAGGAUCGUCAGUAUCUACAUACAGUAUUUGGUGAAGGUCCGUGUAGGAACUAUCUAGCAGCACUGAAACAAGAGUCCGAUUUGAAUUUCAAGUACGAAGGAAAGGUUUAGAAAAAUCACAGUUACUUUUUUUUACUCUCAAGUUCCUAAUGGGAUUUGCUCAUUUGUUAAUGGUAAUAGUAUACUGUAUUUCUUUUAGAGUAAUAAUUGAUAAUUUUCGCUUCGAUUUUAUUUUGGUUCUUGUCUGCCACUAAUUAACCAUACUCCUUGCGUUGAAGUUAAAAUUGUAUUAUUA